AUGUCCUCUUCAGGCUGGCACUCUCGCGCUUCUCCUCAUCCUGCCGGCCCAUCCUACGAGCCAUCGCGGUCGGAUCUAUUGCUUGUUCUGAAGCGCAGUACGCGUGUCGAGCCGGAUGGCUUCUCGCUCGCUCUCCUUGCGCCAGAUGUGGCCGUUGACGCGCUCGGACGCGUAUUGACUGUUCCAUCCGACGACUUUGCUGCAUUACAAGCGCUAGCAAGUAACGUCGCAGACACAAACAAAGUGCCAGAUACGGGUUCUUUCGGCAACCAAUGGCGGAUCAAACAGAGGCGCACAGAUUGGCCUAUCGACUCGUUUCGUGUCGCACGAGGACCGGAUGAGGCUCCGCGGGAGGUUGGCGUAUACGGGUUCGACGGUGAACAGAGGGAGCUGAAUGCUCCCGUGGGCGAUAUCACGGAGCUUCCCAAUGACCUGCAUGAGCUUCUGAAGCUCACGCUCGAGGCGCGCGAGGGCUUGGAGGGCGGUGAACGGGAUGACACGGUCAUACGCAAAGUAUUGGCUUUAUUGGACUGA